CGCGCAAGUUGUUGUUGUGUCCAUAAAAAAGGCCCAUUCACUUUCUUGGUAAAUUUUGCAGAUCGUUAGAUGCUUAAUUUUCUGUCGCGUGAUACUUUAAGCUCUUAAUUUUCCUCCCAUGUACAAAGUAUAAAUGCAAUCAAACUGAAAGUGAUCUGAAAAAUGGCAACUGGAGACAUGAGGAUUUCUCAAGCCGUCAUUACGAAUUGCUCAGAGACAAAACGAGUUCAUUUGAUGGCCUGUGAGGUAGAUCAUGAUGGGGAAGCUCAGGUAUCAGAUUAUUUCGAUCCAACUGUGCGAGACGAAGGUACAAGCUCGGGGGUGCAAAAUGGCGAAUCAGGUACGGAAAAAUGAUAUUAAACAAAUUUACGAUCAGGUUACCCUCUACACCCUAACAUCUGUAAAUAUGCAAAUUUUCCAUACUGUUCCCUAUACAUUUUCCAUGCUACUUACGAGGAGAAUUUUACGUAACAAUCAAGAGCUUUUCGAGUUCACGAUCAUUUAUUUUAUUCUACUGAUCUAAAUGUUUGAUUCAGGGGUGUUACUUUUGAGGGAAAUAAGAUGCCUCUCAUCUUUGAGAGUUAAAGGGGUUAAUUUGCACUAAGUUUAUUUAUAGGCAUGCGAAAAUAGAGUGUUACCAAAUUUUCAAACACAAUCAUUAUCUUUGCUAUUGUACUUGAUAGUGAGGUUAGAGGUUAAGCAUCUUAAGGUUUAUAAUGAGAUAGUAAAUCAUCACAGUUAUAUUCACUAACUGUAAAUUUCUGGAGCUCACAAUACAGAAACAAAUACCAGUAACCAGUGAGCUCCAUCUGGGUUUGGAGACAGACAUGGGUUUUUAACCCUUUGACUCCUAAAAGUGAUUAACUUGAAACUUCUCCCUAAAAUAUCCAUACUUAUAACCAGCAAACAGGUAAUGAGAAUAUUCCAACUUAUCAGGUAAAAGUCACUUUCCUGAUCUAACAUCAAAUUCUUGUAGCUGAGUUACAAGGAAAUGUGUAGCAGCUAGAGGGGAGAAGUAACAAUAAGAUCUUGGGAGUUAAAGGGUUAAAGAUACAGAUUGAUAUAUUAUAGUGUUAUUUGAUAUUGGUAUUUUUACUCAAUUCCUAGCCCUUAGUGCAUCCUUUAGAGGGCGUGGUCUGAAGGGAUGUGUCCUUAACAUACCCACAGGGUAUUCUGGGUUUGUGAUGAAAGAAGGAAGAAGACCUAUCACUGAUGAGGAGGUAGGCAUCAAAAAUGAGGCUGCAUUGCAUUUUUCAGUAUUAGAUGCCAAACGAUAGAAAAAUGAGAUCUGGAGAUGCUUGAUGUUGGACAAUGUCCCAAUAUGGUUGGACCCCAACUUUGUGUCUGUCCUUGUCGUAUUGGUCUCUCCCAACAAACUAGUCUCUGAAAUCCUGUUGAAUUACUUCAAAAUGUUCGUGGACAAAAUUUUGGGUUCAGGAGUGCUUUUCUCAUGGAUUGAGACUCAAAAUGGAUAUCUUGUGUGUUCUUAUUUCUAUAUGUUUAUUUUUUUGUGAUGUUUUAACAGGCUUGUCCAGGUCAACUUUAGAGCUGAUUUGAAUGGGGGCCUGUUUAAACAAUAAUGAGGCCAGACCACAAUGCAACACACACUAAGAAAACAAAACAAAAACAAACGAACCGAAAAAACAACAACAACACAGGAAAGCUAUAUUCACUAUUCUUGCCCACUAUUGCACUUCAUAACAGGAGGCUUGGCAUUGCAUGAGUUAUUUAAUUUUUGUUUUUAGUGCAGUUGAACCUUCCAAACUAGUAAGGAAGGUUCAUCCUCUCAUCAAGGAGAAGAAGCAUGCAGAAUUGUUUGGAUUUGAGGCUGUCUACGGUGCAAUGAAAUGUAACGACUCAUAUUCUAUAUGGUUCCAAUAUUUUCAGGAUCGAUUGAUGAAAGCCACUCAUAAGUUUUCACAGUUCACCUACUGGAAUUUAGAGACUCCAACCUCAAAUAAUGAUGCUAUUGUGAAAGCUAUGCAAUGGAUAAAUAUUGCCUCUGCAGUAAGUAAGACUUAAAAGUGAUAAAGAUGUUUCAUAUGUAUUGUAUAUCUUCUUUUUUUUGGGAGAGGGGACAUCCACUAGAUUUGCCUUUGGUAUGUGAAUGAAUCCAACUCACUCACUACCUGAGUUUUGUAAUUAUUAUAUAUUCUUUAUUUAUUUUGUGUUAAUUAUUCUCUGUAUAUUUCUUACUUGUAUUUGUGGUAAAGCUAGCAGAGCUAGACAAAUUAAGUCUUAGUUGAUUUUAAAAGUACAGUUGUUAGUUACCAAGUGCCUUAUGUUUAAUAUGAUUCUUGAAGAGAUCACACCGCUUGAGAAAGUAAGACAUUUUCACCAGGAAGACACUUACGUAAAUCUAUGCUCACAAGUUGUUUGUGCAGGAGCUGUGGAACUUCUAACUGAUUUGUACAAUGACCUGCUACACAAUAUUCUACAUUCUCUCUUUUUUUUUUUUCCUAUGUAGCUUCAUGGUGCUGAGGUGGACAAUGAGAAUGCCACUCCAGAAAACAUCAGAUGAUAUGAAACAAUAAUGGGUUAUUAUUGAACAACUUAGAGCAAAGAGCGGUACUGAUAACGACUGAUUGUCAUCUAAAGUAAAUAUAAAAUUCGGCAACAAGCUUGGUUAGUUAGAAAAAAAUGCAUUUUUCAGGUGUUAGUGUAUUCAAUUUCUAAAAGGAAGACUGGACUAAUUCUGAAACUCUUUAGUUGUUGAGCAUUUCCUUUAUUCCUAUUACUGUAAUGGUUGAUUCAGCAGUGAUACUGUUCAUAGGAAUUGGUUGCUGGUCACCUUAGGGGCAGAGGCUUUAAGUCAUAACCAAAAACACAGAACUCAUUUCACAAAGGAUCAAACCUGCAUGUACUAACCUGCAGCCUAGCUGAAGGUCGUGUGGUAGCUAUCUGGACCCUCCUAUCAAAUGAUUAUAAAUCUCUGCAAGUGUAAAUGUUCAGUUUGGGACCAGAGGAAGGGGUAAUCCCCAUCUCCUUUUUUUUUUUUUUUAAUUUUUUUUAUUAACAUGAACAGGGACCCUAUAAACACAUCACCUUCCCAUUUAUAAUGUGUGCUCAGCCUUGAACACUCACAAGUAGUUAUUUGAAUACCAGCAAUGCAGGCUAGGCAAAAAAAAUACUUAUCGAUGGUGAUCAACUUUAGGUGAAAACAGGUACGCAGAUGCUGAUGCAAAUUCUGAAAAGCUUCAAAAAAUACCCCAGGGUAGUUUAUUUAAUCUUCUCAACUGUUUUUCAUUACCAACAAAGUGUUUCUGCUGCCACAGCACAAGACUUUCCUCAGAAACUAAUCAAUAAAAACACCAGACAGUAUAAUUAUGGAGUGUGUUGCAGAUUUAUUAAGAACCCAGCAGUAAUAUUUAGCAGUAAAUCUUUUCAAACAUCUAAAACCAAGAAUGACAAAAGAAAGAUAAAAGUCUCUUUCUAUGAAAUGGUUAACCCUUUAACUCCCAAGAUAUCAUUAGUAAUUCUCCUUACUGCCUCCCACACAAUUCUUAUGAUGUUAGUUUGGAGAAUUUGGUUUUGGAGAAAAAAUAAGUCACUCAUGGGAGUUAAAGGGUUAACUGAUACAGAAGCCAAUAAUAAUGCUAAACUCUUUCACUCCCAAGAUCUCAUUAGUAAUUCUCCUUACUGCCUCCCAUACAAUUCAUAUGAUGUUAGUUUGGAGAAUUUGACUUUGGAGAGUUCUGUCUUGGUCACUCAUGGGAGUUAGAGGGUUACCUGGUACCGCAGCC